AACCUACCUAACCCAGGAUAACACAAUAGCCAAAUUCAACCGAAUAUUUUCUGAUUUUCUCUAUAUACCCUUUUGGCCAAUUCCCACGACUGAACCAAAACAAGAAGCAUAACUAAUAAACGUUUUUUUUGUUUUGUGUCAUAGAUGGAGGGUCUUCUGCCUCUGGUUUAUAGAGCAAUCAAGAAACGCAAAACUCGGAGGCAAUAUCAUUGUCUUUCUUCAGGUGCUGCUCUAAUGAACGUGCCCGAGUUCUACCCUCAAACCCAAGGCCAUGGCUAUUACGUGCAGGAACCUUCAACUAAUUCAAUGCAAAAAGUGGUUGAUCAUCAUGCAGAGAACAUUGGUUAUCUGAGAUAUAAUUCUGCUAGAGAAUUUUCUAAUGGCUUGUCUUCGCCUCAACAAAGAACGUGUGCUGCUAGAUCUCCCGCUUCGGACCAACUCGUCAGGUUUAGGAGUCAGAAACUUUUUUCAUGUCUCGCUGGUUAAUUAAUUUCCAAACUCUACGUGUUGCAAUUGUAAAUACAUAGUGUGGUGUGGCCUUAAUAAUCCAACUUAAUUUGUGGAUCUUGUAGGUUCCUUGUGUUGAUUAGACGUUUAAUUAAUGAAAGAUCGUGUUCUUUAGGGUGUUAA